AAAUAAUAAUUUCAUAAAAAAAUAAGUUGUCAUCAACUCUGCAUGAACUCGCACUUUGUUUAUUUCCGGUCUGCCGCUCAGAUGUUUAACAAUCAUCCGUAGCUCUCAAAUUGUAAACCCUUUUCAGUCAGUUUUGGUUAACCUAUUAUUAUUAUUAACCGGCGUUUUAUACAAACCAUGAUCACAAUGCAUUUUUAAAGGUUACUCGUGGACUAUAGAACUAUGCCAGGUCAUGGACAGUUUAAGGUAGGCUUAACAAAAUAAAAUAAAAAGAACUAUCCACAGUGAUUGCGGUUUAUGACGCUGAAAUGUGUUAUAUCUAUUACCCUCUCAGGCGUCGAGUUAUUUAUAGUAAGUGAAUAAGUUUCUGUGUCCUCAAUAUUGAGGCCUAUGCGCACGCGAGAGAGGUUUUCCAAGCUAAAUGUUCAUGUGACACACUUAUCGCCGCGGGACAUUAUAGUUUUGUUUUCUCAACGAAAAUGGCGUCCUCACGCUUUGCGCUCGACACCAUCUUGAAAACAUCGUUGAUGUACUUCAUCCUGCUACGUGUUGGAGUUGUUUGUCGCACCGAUGCUCACGAAUGUUUCCGAACAUGCGAGUGGCCACCGAACCCAAUGAUCUGCCGCUAUGAGUUUACUGUGGAGUGGUAUUACAGCAUGUCCACGUCGUGUUUCGACUGUCCGUACAACAUGACCGACUGCACUAGACCGCACUGUAUACCCAUUAAUGGAGUGCCUCGUGGAAUUGUCACAAUCAACAGGCAGUUUCCCGGACCGAGUAUUCAAGUUUGUGAGUUUGACACCAUCGAGGUCAAAGUAAACAAUGAAAUGAUCAACGAAGAAAGUAUCACCAUUCACUGGCACGGCAUUCACCAACGAGGAACACCCUACAUGGACGGUGUUCCGCUGGUCACACAAUGUCACAUACCCUAUCGCUCGAGCUUCACCUACCGUUUCCAAGCCGAAACGUUCGGCACUCAUUUCUGGCACGCACACGGGAUGGCCCGGUCCAAUGGUGCCGUGGGAUCUCUUGUCAUACGGCAAGCCGCUCCUGCCGAAAUCCACAACCGGCUGUACGAUUAUGAUUUGCAAGAACAUGUCAUAAUAAUGCAGGAUUGGGUCAAUCAAUUGAUGAUUGAUAGAUUCACCAGGAUUGUCUAUGGGGACCUAGAGCUGGCGCCAGAUUCUAUGUUGAUCAAUGGAAAAGGUAGAUACCGCGAAUUCAUUGACGAGUCUUCCAACCAGAGCGUCUAUACGCCCCGAGAGGUAUUCCACGUCCAGAGGGGCAAUACAUACAGAUUUCGCACCAUCAGCAAUAACUUGAUGGACUGCUUAGUGGAGGUGUCCAUCGACCAUCACAAUCUGACCAUCAUCGCCAGCGAUGGAGCUCCCCUUCAACCGGUGGAAGCCGGGGCGUACGGUAUGUCAAGCGGGGAAAGAUUUGACUUUAUCUUAGACGCCAGUGCCGAGAUCGGAAAGUACUGGAUGCGGAUUAAAGGGCGUGACUGCCACGGGUUUGAGGAACUGGCUCUUCUCGUCUAUGAGGGGGCAGCGGACCAACCCGACCCACCGGAAGUAGAACAGCCUUAUCCAUCAGAAGUCAUCGUGAAUCCUUUCAAUAGGAAGAGCUCUGAGUAUGUAAAGAAUAUCAUCGACUUAAGCGCAGCAGUGAACGGCACUGAGCAAGUUCCUGUUCCGGAGGCAGAUGAAACUCAUUACAUGGUGCUUGAACUUGAACUGAUCAACAAUAACGACUACAACCAUCCCAUGUACAAUCCAGCAUUCGGGGUCAAAGGUGAUCUUUCAACCUAUAAAGGAGUCCCAUCACCGCAGAUAAAUCGCGUUUCGUUUAAGUAUCCAUCAUCGCCGCUUCUCACGCAGUACCAAGAUUUGUCUGAUUUUGAAAUGUGCAGCACGGAGAGUGUGUUGGCGUAUCAUCAGGAACGCUGUAAGAAUGAGCACUGUGUAUGUACACAGGUUCUUCAUGUCGAGCUUGGGAAGGUGGUUGAAAUAGUACUUGUUGACCAGGGUAAUUUCAGAAAUGCUCAUGCGAUGCACAUUCACGGCUAUAGAUUCCAAGUAGUUGCCCAAGACACGUUGGGAGAGGAGACGACACUUGAGGAGGUCAAGCGACUAGAUAGAGCAGGUAACAUCACACGCCGCACUCAUAAUGUACCCCAUAAAGACACAGUCGCCCCGCUAUCUGGUGGGUACGUCAUUGUACGUUUCGUGGCAGAUAACCCAGGAUGGUGGCUGUUUCAUUGCCAUGUAUCAUUCCACUUCACGGCUGGCAUGACGAUGGUUAUUCGAGUUGGUUCGGAUAAAGACCUACCACCAGUUCCACGUAAUUUCCCUCGAUGUGGCGGUGACUGGCACCAAGAUGAUAUCGGGUCCAAUGUUCCUAUUAAACCUGCCCCCACUCCGAAUUCUGCUUCCUAUAAUGGAAGAUACCCGAUGUUGUCACUCGCUGUGGCAGGCUGUGCUGUGUCUACCAUGAUCGUGAUGUUGGCUUAACUGUUCUCCAAUGUGUCCCUACCGCCUUCAUGGACCCAAUUUCAUAAAGCUGUUAAGCAGAAAUUACUGCUUAGCAAAUUGAUAUGCUACGCAAAUACUUGGACGGGGUACCAGUCACAACAAUGUAAGCUUGAUGGACUUUUUGGCUCGUAACCCCGGCUGCUAAGAUCUGUCUGUACUUAGCAAGCUUUUACUUCUACAGGCUUUGAUGAAAUUGCGACCAGAUGGUUUUAAAGGAUAGUUGUUUCGUUUUUAAUAACGUGUGUAUGGGCGUGUUUGAUAACGUGUGUAAGGAGCCUAUGUGUUUUUGGUGUGAUUAUCAUCGUGUGGUCGUUGUUUGGUUAAUCGUUUUAAAAAUUAAAGACAUUAUUUUGGUAUAGACAAAACACAAGGGUCCACAGCUUUACAUUAUACGGUUUAUAGAUAAUGAUGGCAGAAAGCUUCCCUUAAAAUAUUACUUGCUGAGGUGCUGUAGUUUUUGAGAAAUGAGUUAAACAAGUCACGAACAUUAUUGUUUGUUUCAGUGAGUUUAAAAUUAUAAAACGUACUAAAAGUAACCAGUUUUGAUAAAACACCUCAACUGGUAAAUACGUUUUACAUGCUAAAACUGGGACGAAUUUGGUAAUUACUGAAAAUAGUUA